AUGACAAAAUUAUUUUGGUUUCUACGCCGCGAUCAGCCAUUGGAGCUGUACUUUUACGCAGUGCCCCAACUCUGUCUGAGAACAAUGGGAUACUGGCCGAGUCCCAAGACACCAAUGAAGAGGCCUUGGAGGGCGUACAUUAACUUUAUGGUGUUGGGUAUUGGCGUUAUGACCGAGCUACAUGCUGGCGCCAUGUUUGCGCGCUCCAAUCAACUCUCAUUGGCCAUAGAGACCUUUUGUCCGGCCUACACAUCAUUUGUGACGCUGCUGAAAAUGUUUCUUAUGCUGCACUAUCGACAUGAUCUUCACUAUGUGGUCGAUCAGCAGCGAGAACUGCUAUUCGGCCAUGAGAUUGCUGCUGAAACACAUGAGAUUAUACGAAAGAAUUCUUUGAUGGCGACUCGCUUCAAUUUCUGGCCAUUUUCCGCUGGCUUCAGCACCAGCAGCAUGUACAAUCUGAAGCCGUUGCUCUUGGCCUUGGUGCUCCAUCUGCAGCGACGCAACGAUGAGAUUGUCUGGGGUUUACCCUUCAAUCACACCAUGCCCAGCUUUUUGCUCAGCUGGCCUUAUUUGCCGGUCAUGUUCAUCUUCUCGGCGUACACGGGCUACAUAACCAUCUUCAUGUUUGGCGGCUGUGAUGCCUUCUACUUUGAGUUCUGUGUGCAUAUUGGCACACUCUUCAAAUCCUUGCAGGUGGACACACGUGCUCUGUUCAAGCCCUAUGAGGAUCUCUUGCAAAUAGAUGGAGUGCACGCUGCACGCUUUGAGGCUGCUUUGGUGGAACUGAUCAAGCGACAGAAUCGCAUCAUCGAUUUGACGCACUUCUUUGGCGAACGCUACUGGAUCAUCACGCUGCUGCACUUUGUCUCCGCCAGCAUGGUGAUUGCGGUCAGCAUCUUCAAUCUGAUGACCGUCGGUGGCAAUGGUUUCGGCACUCUGCUCUACGUGAGCUACACGAUUGCAGCGCUCAGCCAACUGCUCAUCUAUUGCUAUGGCGGAACGCUGGUGGCCGAGAGCAGCAUGGAACUGGCUGUGGUUAUGGGCAGCUGUCCCUGGCAUCGGUGUCUGCCCCGACAUCGUCGUUAUGUGCACAUGUUUAUACUGCGAUCGCAACGUGCGCUCUCAAUGUCCGUGCCCUUCUUUUCGCCCUCUUUGGUCACCUUUGGCGCAAUACUCCAGACAUCUGGUUCUAUUAUUGCGCUGGCAAAAUCCUUUCAAUGAAUAUCUUCAUUUCAAUUGUUGUCAAAUAAAUAAAGAGACUAAAGUAAAUUAAGUUGUCUAUACC